CCGAGCGCGGCCCCCGCCCCUCCGGCCCGGCGCGCGCCGCUCCCGGAAGCCCCGGGGGAAGCGGAGCCUCCGCGAGCGGCUGCGGCGCCAGAACGGUUGAAAGAUGCAUCCUCUCCAUUCAUCAUACUCUACCUUGUCCCUUGUUUGAUGAUAACAACUUACCCUGCAUUUUGUUCUAAUUGCGUGACAAAAGCAAGAAGCAAGUGAAUACUACAUUGUGUAAGAAGAUGAAGAACAGAAAGCAAUGUAUUCAAGAUACUGAAGGUCAGAAGCAUGAAGGCAUGGAAGGUGAAGAUAAUGAAGAAAGCUGUUCCUGUUCUGCUGUAUUAUAUGGUGGUGACACAUGCCCCAUCUGCCUGAACUGCCUUCUAGAACAAGAGAUUGGUUUUCCUGAGAACUGCAGUCAUACCUUCUGCAUGACUUGUAUUCUUAAAUGGGCUGAGACACAGGCUUCAUGUCCCAUUGAUCGCAGACCAUUUCAAGCAGUAUGCAGGCUUGAUGCAUUAGAAAGGCAGGUAAAGGUUCAAGUUAAAAAACAGCUAAGGAGGAAGGAGGAAGAGGAAAACUGUGCCUGCAAUAAGGGAAAAUAUAGCCACGCACAAAUGAGAAGCUAUGUGAGAAGAGCUGUAUGUCCAGACAGAGGGCGAUUAACAACAAAAUUAAGCAAAGUUGUGAAGAAAAAGUACAGUAAUAUUUUAUAUGACAAACGAAACAAGAAAUCUUUGUCUGUGAAAAUAAACAAGCCCAGAAGACAGACCUGCUGGAAUGAGUGCUUCAGAACUAAUUUGUUCAGCACACUUCUCGCCAGUGGUAUCAGUGAAGAAUCCUUUUUUAGCUGUAGAAAUGACUGUACAGAAUUCACAGAAUUCAAUGCAACAAUCAGACAGAAGAGACAAGAGCUGGAAUUGUCCUGUUCAUCUGUGCUUGCUAGAGUUGAAAGAGUUCCUUUAAUAUCUUACGGAGCGGAAGCUGAGACCUUCCUUCUCACUUCUACUACAGUGGCAGGGACAGUUCUUCCAACAAAUAUCAGGCCUUUGGAAAACUUUGAAUCUUUAAGCAAAGGAUAUGCUGUUGCCUGUACCCAAGAAGGAGAAGAAAAAAAGCAAGCUUCUGGCUCAUCUGGCGCUAGAGGAGGUAGAAGGAAAUCAGCUAACACUACUCCUAGAAGAAGAUCUGCACGAAACAGUAAAAACGAGACUCUGGGUCAGUCUCGGACCUCACCUUGUUCAAGCAGUUCUGCAUGCAGUGCCUCUGAUGGCAGUAACUCAUCUCUGAGUAAAUCUCCUUCAGAGUCAGAGAAGGCUCCUCCGAAACGAAAGUCUAGAAAGAUUGUUAAACAACAGACACCUGUAGUUAAAAAGAAUCUGCGAAGUUCUGCACGUUCUACAAAACCAUCCAGUGAUUCAGUGGAAGAUGAUGACAUUGCUGAAUCUGAAGCAGUUCGGACGUUAGAUAAAGAGCAGCAGUCAGAUAAUGAAAGCAGUAACACAAACCUUCCACAGAAAAAUAAUGCAGAAACAGAAUCUGCUAAUGGAUUGGAAAGCUGUAGUGAACAUGCAGAAGUUGAGGAAACUACAGGAGAAUGUGACAAAGAUGAAGAUACUUCAGGUGACACAGAUGCAAGUUUUUCUGUCCAGGAGCUUUCAGUACUAACUUCAGAGAGAGAAAGUCAGGAACUUGAAGCAGAAGAUGUUACUGAAAAAAAGGUAGAGCAUAAGGAUUAUGACAUUUGUGAAAAUACGCUGGAACAAAUGGAAACAGUAGCUAGUCCCAGAGGUGAUGUGUGUGACCAUGCGGCUGCUGAAAAAGUAGAUCUGGCAUUGUGUAGUCUUCAAAAUGAAUUCAUGGAGAAAGAAGAAACUUUGACAAAAGUAGAUCAACCCAUAGCUAGUCCAGAAAAUGAAUUGUUGGAAUAUACAGAACCUUUGGGAAAAGAUGAGGCGUUAGAGAGCACCAGAAGCGAAUUGCCUGAGAUUCCAGAAGCCAUAGAAAUAGACAAUUCUGAAGCUGAAGAAAAAACAGCAGUUGACUGUGGAAGUACAAACAGUCAAAACUUAAAAACUUUUCAAGAUGAAGAACCAGAUACAUUAAUAGACAAUGCUUCUAUGGUCAGUACAUCGGAACAAUCCUUAAAAGAGAAUGCCAUGCCAGAAAGUGAAGAGGGUGGAACUUCAGAGUCGCCGCCAGCAAAUGCUGAACAUAAACAUUUUGGUGAAGAUAACAAUGAAAUGAUACCAAUGGAUUGUGACUCAUUUUGCAGUGACCAGAAUGAACCUCAGAUUGAGCCAUUACCACCAGUUGAAAGUAUAGAGAAAGUUGGAGUGAAUUCCUUACAGUGCGACGUGGGAAACUGUACAUCAGUGUCAGGACUUCCUGAUGAAAAAGAUGGAACUGUUCCUCAAGAAAGAGAGUGCCAAGCAGAACUCAAAAAAGAUAAAAAGACUCGAACUAGAAGAUCUAGAUUUCACUCUCCAUCAACAACUUGGUCUCCUUCUAGGAGAGAGGGCAGGAAAUCUCAGUCACCAUCUCCUAAAAGGGAGAUGGCCAGAGACAGGACGUCACGAUCACCCAAGAAGGAAAUUGUGAGGGAGAGAAAGAGAUCCUUAUCUCAUUCUCCAAAGAGAGAGACACUCAAAAAUGAGAAAAAAACACCAUCUCGAUCUCCCAAAAGGGAAGCUGUCAGGGAAAGCAGGAGAUCUUCUCGAUCAAGAACUAGGGGUUCGUCUCCAAGGCAAAAAUCUAGAUCUCAAAGCAGUGACAGAGAUAGUCAAAGAAGAGACCGUGACAGAGAAAGAAGAAACAGGAGGUGGUCUAGGUCACGGUCACGAUCCAGGUCGAGAUCGCGAUCUAGGACAAGAAGUAAAGGUUCUUCAUUCUCUAGAAAUGAGAGGGACAGUCAUUCACCUCGAUGGAAAGAGAGAUGGACAAAUGACAGCUGGGGGAGUCCCAGAGGAAAUGAUCGAUACAGAAGAAGUGAUGAAGACAAACAGAAUGAAAGUCAUAAAAAAGAGGACAAUACAGAAAAAAACAGUGAUGAGCAGUGUUCUUCAGACAAGUGGAGGAAUGAUUGUCCAGACUGGGUAAUGGAAAGGAUAAACUCUGUUCCUGAAGCCAGGAACAGAGAGAGAGAGAAACCACAUUGGGAAGAUAGCAGGCAUGAUAAUGCAGGGCAUUCUUGGAAUAAAAACUUUGGUUCAAGUUGGAUUCCAAAUCGAGGGAGAGGUCAUCGUGGUCGAGGUGGCCGUGGAAGAGGUAGUUUCAUGUAUGGAGACCAGAGUGAAAAUCACUGGCAAAGUAGAAAACCUCUCUCAGGGAACUCAAAUGGUUCUGGGAAUGAAACUUCAAGGUUCUCAGAACAUCAGCCAUACAAGCGUAAGAAUGAACAAGAUUAUUCUUUUGAUACACCUGCUGACAGGUCUGGAUGGACAUCUGCAUCCAGCUGGGCUGUAAGAAAGACUUUACCUGCUGAUGUGCAGAACUAUUAUUCAAGAAGGGGACGCAAUUCAUCAAGCCCGCAGACUGGUUGGGGAAUGAGACAAGAGGAAACAGCUGAACAAGAUCCAAACCUCAAAGACCAAGGCAACCAGCAAAGUGAUGGUUCUCAGUUACCAAUAAAUAUGAUGCAGCAACAAAUGAAUGUAAUGCCACAAGUGAAUGCACAGCACCAGCCGAUGAAUAUGUUUCCGUAUCCGGUGGGCGUCCAUCCUCCCAUGAUGAAUAUGCAACAAAAUCCUUUCAACAUCCACCCUCCAGUGCCCAUGCAUCUCCCUACCGGAAUGCCUCUUAUACAGGUAGCUGCUCCCACAAACUUGUCUCAGGGAUUACCUCCGCCUCCACCUCCACCCCCACCAUCUCAACAAGUCAACUACAUUGCUACACAGCAAGAUGCAAAACAAUUGCAGAGUAUUCCAAAUGCUGCUCAUGUAAGUAAUAACAUGAGUGCUCCAGCCUUGCCUGCUCCAACAGCAGUCCUGGGAAAUGUGGGAACAGUUCAGGGACCAAGUUCGGGUAAUGCAACGUCAUCAAGUCACGUCAAGAGCUCUAAUGCAGCUGUAAAACUGGGAGAAAACAAAGCAAGUGUAACAGUGGAAGCCAGUGCAGAUAGCUCGAAGAAAGACCAGAAAUUGUUAAUUCAAGAAAAAGCAGCACAAGAGGUUAAACUAGCCAUUAAACCUUUCUACCAAAAUAAAGACAUCACUAAGGAAGAAUAUAAAGAAAUUGUGCGGAAAGCUGUAGAUAAAGUCUGUCAUAGCAAGAGUGGAGAAGUUAAUUCUGCAAAAGUGGCAAAUCUGGUGAAAGCGUAUGUAGACAAAUACAAACAUACACGGAAGAAAAAUCCCGAAGAGGCAGUCUCCUCUGAAAGGAAAUAGAACAUGUUUUCAGUUUUUAAUUUUAUUCCUUCCACAAAGUGCAAUUUCAACAUGAACCGUUAACUGAAAAUUGUACAUGAACAGGGAUUUGAAUCUGGUUUUGAUAAAAUUAUUUUUGAAUGUAGUAUAUAAUGUUUUGUUCUAAAGAAAUAUAGAUCUACAGGGCAACUUCUUUAUUCCUUUUUUAAAACAGAUGUCUAAAGAAAAAAUAAGGGUGUAAAGAAGAAUCAUUAGGAAUGUACGAUUGUGUGGAUACUUAGAUGUACAGCAUUUUGACUUGAAUAACUGCAUUAAAUUAGAAGCUUCUAUCUGAGUACCUUGGUUUUGGAACAGGUAUGUACAGUACAUGUAAUCGGUCAGAUUAAAGUUUUUCUUUUGAUUUCUCCCUAAUUAUAGCAAAGAUAAGAUAAUGUAUUGUCUUGACAAAUAUUUCUAGUGUUAACUGCACAGGCUGAAUGCAGGGGUCACGAUGUGUAUAUAAAAAAAGCACAUGGUGUUGUCUGAACAGGGAACUGUUUAGAUUUUAAAAAGAAAAAUCAUGAACAGUAAAAUGCAGCACUCGAAAGCAUGGGCGCUGCGCAUCUGUUGUAACACCAAAUAAAAAUUAUGCUGCUUGGUUUCGUUUGUGACGUUUUUCGAUUUGUUUCCAGAUAGUGGGAUGAAUUUGAAUAGCUUUUAUGUGCUGAAAGCCCUCAAUCACCACACACUGAAGACCUCAGUUCCUGUCUAACCCUGCUGUGAGGUAGUAGGGAGUUAGUGUGCCAGAGCUGGAUGUCCAGAACCAUAAACCGGUUUCUUCUUCAAAUAAAAUCAGGGAUGCUGGAAUUUGUUAUUAGGCUUCUGGUUUAUCAGAGACCACCAGUUGUGCCAAUCUUAGCCAUGGUACUUUUCUUUGUUAUCUAGGGACUGUAGGGUGGAUCACCAGACUGGUAUCAAUUGGCCUAAAGUCACAUGUGACAGCUCUUCUACUUCCCCAAGCACUUUUAUUUAGGGAGGUUAUAUAGAGAGGUGUGAGGUCAUUGAAUGUGCUAGGGAAGAGUAAAACACUCCAGAAGUAAAACCAGUUUUAUUGAGGUAGCAGCAGGAAGGGUUGGUGAAUCACUGAGGUCACUGCAUGCUCCUUAGAGAAAGAACAGCUUGUGAUCCCUUUGGAUUUGAGUGGAGAAGGAGCCUUACUUUGAGAUGAAAUAUUUUUUCUCAUCAGUGCUAUUAAAAUUUCAGGUUUUCCGCCCUCCAGUCCUGCCCAACCUUUGAUGUUGGCUCAGCCUGGCUUCUGCUCCAGCCUGAGGCCCCUUGCCCAAAAGCACAAAUAAACCAUUUUGACUGAAAGUAUCAGUCAGAUUUUCUGAGAAAUUAUGCCAUGGUAGCCAGCAGUUCCCAAAGUAACUGUUCUUGCCAGAAAACAGUCUUACCUUUAAGUAACUUUUGCAGUAGCCUGAGGAUGCAAUUAGGGAUACGCAGCCCUGUACACACACGUGAUUACAUGGAGGUAUAUGUGUAAAAACUGUGGUGUUUGUCACAACAGUUGCUCACUUGGUUUUAACUCUAGCCUUCUACAGACUUCAUGAAGCAUUUCACUGUCUGUAUUUAUUCUUGUGUGCCUAAAGAAAAACACUGUGUAAAUUAGAGAUAAUACUUUUUCUACAGUCAAGCCAGUUUUUAGAAUUUCCAAAAUACUCAGUUUUGCAGUGUGGUAGCGAUUUGUGUGAUCUCUUGAACUAUUUUAAGCUAAAAUUGGUUAGCACUUUUUGAGAAAUGUUGUAGCAAAUCGCUAUGUCUCUCCUGGUUCAUCAUGCCGUGCGUACUUAUUUUUAUUAUAUUUUUCUUCUCUGAAUUUUUGGAUUUUAAUGACUUUUUAUAUCUUUUUACUCUAUAUAGUUGAGCCUCGCUAUAAAGCUCCUUUCAGGAGCCAGAUAAAUGUUUUGUGGGGUUUUUUUCUCUUUUAGAGGAGAGGUAGAAAUACAGUGGGGAGGAGCAAUGGAGGACUUAUUCUGAGAGGGGAGUCAUUAAUGUCUGUUCUGCAGCUCCUGGCUGGAAGCUAAGCUGUCACUUGCUGCCAGGCUCUUGGGGCAGUGACUGUAGUGAUGCUCCACUGUAUUUCAAAACAUAAUGAAGAAUAUCAGAGUAGCAUGUGAU